AGGUGGAAAGUUUGGCCUGACAGCGCUGUUGCUAGGACAACAUCGCUGUCCAAAAACUUUCUACCAGAAGCAAUUCUUUUUGGCUUAAGUUGGACAGCGAUGUAGGGAAGUCUACAUCGCUGUUCCAGAUGUUUCUGGAAACCCAACUUUGGCUCAACAGCGAUGUCUUACAACCAACAUCACUGUUGGAGGACUUAACGCCAAACCAUGGUUUUCAGCUACCCAAGCCAGACAGCGCUGUUGGUUGCACCAACAUCGCUGUUGGUCUGGUUUGGCCAGACCCAUGCCACGUCGAGCCAUUCAAGGUAGCCAUCCAUCCCGUCAACUUUGAAGUGGAGCCAGUUGAGGGAGUCGGCAAUGGAGGCGAGGUUGGCCCGGGCCUGUGGUUCGGCUGGGCCAGCGGUAGGGGCAGUAUGGCGUGGCGCGGCAGUAGUAGGCGCGGCGUUGUCCGACCGCUUUGUGAAGGUUUGGUUGCUGAUCAUUCAAAGCUUCGUGGCCUUCAUGAGUGGGCCAACGAUGGUGGUUACCUUGAACCGUUCAAGGAUGUCCAUCACCACGAACGGUUACGGGAGGAGGUGAUCGUGGUCGGUGGACGCGGCGAUCGUCAUGUUGAUCAUGACAAACUUCGCCCAAUUGAUUGGGGCUGUGUGCAUGAUCGUGUGGAUGAGCUUGAGGUCCUCACCGGACAUGAUUGUGUGGCCAUGCUUCCGAGGUUUGAUGAUCCGGGACACGAUGUAGAGGAUGAGACGGCCUUCGGGGUUUGCGGAGUGGAUGCGCUGUUGGGUCUCCUGGACAGCGCUGUUUGCAUGGUUCCCCCUGAUUUUAUGAACGGGAUGACCUUAGCUGUUCUAGUUCUCAAAAUGAAAGAUUACUUGGUUGGUUACUUUAUAAUCCAGGGAUCUACUCUAGAGCAAGAUAUUGAGAAUUAGAAGAGGGCACUUGAGGAAGAAGUUGCAAUAAUGAAGAUAAAAUGGUGAACUCCAUGGAAAGCAGAAGUGGUUUUAAACGUUUUUGGACCUUGUAAUGUAGUAUUUGAUACUUUAGACAAUUUGUCAUUUCAUGGCUUUUUAUUUUACUUGAGCUUUGGGCAUUACACAACAUGUCCUUGUAUUUUUUAUUCUUACUGUAAUAAAAUUGUUAUUUAAAG